AGCAGGCGGAGAAAUAGAGAGACACUCUGGAGGGAGUGAGACAGAGACAGAGAGAGGAGGACAGUAGAGAGCAUCUAUCGCAAUCCUUCGCCAACCAUCCCACACCCCCCCCCCCCUUUCCCUCCUCCCCCUUCCUCUCCCCCCCCUCCUUCUCCUUCUCGCUCAACGACCGCGGCCCAAUGAUGGCCGCCCUUCGGUUUAUUGGGGCCGCCUCUCUGACGUACGCGGCAUUCAAGCUCUUCGACUAUGCGUCCUUUUACCUGCUCCCGCCGGCGUCGCUCGCUCGCUACCGCACGACUGAGGAUGCAUGGGCGCUCGUCACCGGCGCCUCCGCGGGCAUUGGGCUCGGCACCGCGCAGGAGCUCGCCGCGCGCGGGUUCAAUGUCGUGCUCCUGGGCCACCUGCCUGCAGAGCUCGACGCCGCCGCCGCCCUCGUCAGGGCCGAGCGCCGAGCCGCCCAGGUCCGAGUCGUCGUCCUCGACGCCAUCGCCUCGACGCCCCACGAGAUCGAGGCCGCCCUCGGCCCUAUCGCCGCCCUCCCCGUCACCGUCCUGGUCAACAACGUCGGUGGCUUCCCCAUCGACGAGCCCACCCUCCGCUACUUGUCCGACUAUACCGCCGAAGACCUGGACCGCUCCCUCAACAUCAAUGCACGCUUCAUGGCUCACGUGUCACGAGUGCUGCUCCCUCGGCUUGCCGAAAAUGGACCCGCCUUGGUCCUCAACAUGAGCUCGGCCUCGCGGAUGGGCAUCCCGUGGGCCGCCCCCUACUCCGGCUGCAAGGGUUUCGUCAUCUCAUUCACGGCAUCGGUGGCGCGAGAGAUGAUCGCCGCCGGCAGCGAGGUCGACUGCGUCGCCAUCGUGCCCGGUGACGUACACUCCCAGUCCAACACCCUAUGGCUCAGCCCGGGCUCACCCGACUCGCGCCAGUACGCAAAAGCAAUGCUCGAUCGAGCGCCCCGGGCGGCCAGGAGGGGGUGGCUUGAGUGCGCCCCGUGGUUCGCGCAUGCUCUGGGCUUUGCCCUCCUCGAUAUCCUGCCCGGACCAGCGGUCCUGUUUCUGCUGACCGAAUUUGCUAAGCAAAAGGAGGCGGCUGCGAGGGCACUGAAGCGAGCUUGACCGACUGCGGUGCGACUUGCACAGUCGAACACCGACAGCAGUGUCCUGAUUUUCAUAGUUCGAAGAUGGCGACCACCAGCAUACUUGGGAAACAUUGGCUAGGUUAUACCCAUGACUUUUCUUUUUUUUUUCUUCUUCCAUCCGAGCUCCACGCGUUUCGGAUACCUACUAUUCAAUCGGCUAUGAUAGCAGGAGAAGAGCGCUAGGUGCACAAAUGGCAU